AUGUCCAGUUCGGUGGACGCAAUCCGAGGGGCCGGGGCCGGGGCCGAGUAUACAAACCCUCGGACUGAGCUCAACCGCAUCGUGGAGCGCGUGUACGCUCCCGACACAGAUGUUGAUUUGCAGGAAAUUCCCCUACAAGGCGACGACGACCUUGAUCUUGAGCAGGAAGAUCCGAUGGCUGCACAAUACGCAGACACCGUGAAGCACAUCGGUAUGAACGGCGGCGCUUUCUUGAAAAUGAUCAACUAA